AUGGCUGAUGCUGAGGAACAGACACGGCGAAAUGAAUUGGAAGCCGAAAUGUCACGGUAAGUUUGUUUACCGGUGCGAGUGAUUCAGUUGUUGCCGUUGGAAUGUAGAUUGUGGCACAUUUUUACUAAUUAUUUGUUUCUGAAUUAUGCUGAAUAUGAUAUGAAGAAUUAUGCAGCUAAAGGAGGCCAAGACCUGCAUAAUUCUUCUUCCAGCAUGGAUUUUUUGGGGGUUGGGGAGUUGAUUUUUGGUCCAGGGAUUUUAGUGGGUUUUUGUUGGAAGCUGUGGGGAUUACGUUUGGUUUUGAUUUCUUCCCGUAGCUGAUUGAUCUUCUUGGUCACUUGAAAUCUGGAGUAAUCCUCUUGGACUUUAGCUAUGUAGUUUGCGAACACUCUCUCAGGGUUCCUCUCAAGACUUGCUAGCAGGCUAUAGUUCUGUAGUGUCUGUAGUGGAGUAAGGUUGACCUGAAUCACCUGAUCACAUUAUACUUGCCAACUCUCACGCCUGCGGGUUGAAAACUUCAAUCUCACGCCGGCUCACGCUCACCAAUUUCUCAUGCCUGAUUGAAAAAUGUGAGUUGUUGCCGUCUUGCUUGACACAAUUUCCAAAAAUAUGUUAACUCAGACCCAUGUAAGGAACGAAAACCAUGUGUAAAAUGAAUAAAUGACAAUAUGUUCCUCGCGAUCUUGAUUUUUGAAGUGAAAAGCACUGGGAGCGAGCUCGCCUUCGGCAGACUUUGGACGUCUUUGGAAGACUUCGGACCUCUUCAGGAAUCUUCGGAAAUGAUCGUGUCGUCUUCAAAAAUCCCAGUACUCCCAGGAUAAAAAUCUCAUGCUUAUAUGUCAGAAAACGUUGGCAGUUAUAUCACAUGCUAACCAAAUGAGUCCUGGUCCAGCUUAUUAGAAAGUAUUCUCAGUGUAUAUGAUGCACUUCUAGUGACAAAAUAAUACUUUUUAUUUUGUAACUUGGAAUUGUAUGCUGUGAGAUUUUUUUGGAAUGAGCAGAUGACAGACCUGUUUCUGGUAGUCAUGGUAGGGCCUUUUUGUGGUCUGAAUCCUGUGACAGACCAUCAGGGCUGCAGCUAGCAUGAGGGAAGACGAGGCAGUUGCCUUGUCUUGUUUUUGGCCUUUUUUUAAAGAAACUUCAGCUCACUGAGAAGGCUUAAAACCUGGUCCCAAACAAGCAUGCAGGGUUGUCAUCAAGAGCCGGCAGCCGGGGAUUUUACCCGGCUACUAAGAGAGUGGCCUUGGGCUACUUUUAUUGGAAAACAGAAGAAAAAUAGAACCAAAAGAAAUCCCUAGCCGUUUGAUUCGCCGCCUACUUGUUGUAUUUACCCGGCAACUUGAAAUCUUAGUGACAACCCUGAGCAUGGCUAAUGUGAGGCUGAACAAGCUUGCUUUAGCAUACAUUCAUAAACCAACGGAAAUUGACAGCAGUUCUGUUUUAAAGAGAUGGGAUGCCUCUGGCCACAGACAGAUUGCCUUAGCUUUCAGUAAAGAAUAAACGACGGGCAAGAAACUUUCUCUUUUCUUACUGUUAUUAAAAAGGGAGAAGUGUACUACAUCAUGAAAGUUAGUGACUUCUUAGUCCUACAAGUAUAAGAGAUGCCAAUAUUAUGACAUGGCUGUCUCAAAGUUGAAGGACAUAAGCAAGAGUGUAUCGAAACAGGUAAUUGAUAAGUGAACGUGAUUCUGUUUAUAAUCUAAGAACUAACUUCAAAAAAAGUGUUAACCUAACACUUCUCCUAAUUAUCUACAGUAUAAAAUCCAUAAACGUUGGCUACUCUCGUGGAUUCAUUUUAUUGUAAUAUGUGUUACAACAUUAAUUUUGAAUGCUUUAAAAUGCAGAUGGUCAUUAACUUGGCACCAGUUUCGCUAACCAAUAAAAAAGUUAACUUCUACAAUACACUUGCCCAACAUUGACUUUUCUGAAGAAAAAUUCUACGGAAAAUGCUUACAAGAGCAUUUCUGAGCCUCUAGAUUUCAAAAUUUUCUGGGGGGGCAUGCCCCCAGACCCCACUAGCAGCUCAAAACUUGCCUCGUCUUGUUCUGAAGUCUGGCUACGGCCGUGACCAUCAUCUCCUGGCAUUUUGGAAUUACUGACUGAUAUCUCCAAAAUUGUUCCGAUCAUAUGAAAGCCGAGUCAAAUAGUUAUUUUAUGAUUCAUUCAAAAUAAUUUUAACUAUAAAAACAUGCUAACCUUUAUCAGCAAAAACAGUUCCAGUCUUCAUUUGCCUGUUCCUCGGCAAAUUCAGGAUGUAAAUAGAAUUUUUAAUUCAGCAGAUAUUCUUCAAAUAGCAAAUUUCUUGUCUUGCCAUGUUUGUGGGCAGUAGUGUGGCGAUUUCUCUUUCCUAAAAUGUGUGUCAUUUUCCUUCAUUUUCUCCAACCCUACCAAAACUACCAAACUAGCACAAUCUUGUCCUCAGGACUCUAACUUCCAAAUUUAUUAAACACUAACUGGUUAAGAAGUACCACUCAAAAGUAAGUCACCACCCUCUGGCAAGGCGAGAUGAGAUGAGACUGUCGUCUCGAUCUCGCAAGGGGUUUGCGGACUUAAUGACGAAAAAAUUUCUGUGCAUCGCCUUUCUGAUCCUGAUGUGUUGGACCUCCAACAAUUCCUUAAGUAAACUUCGAUUAAAGAAUGCAGUUGUCAUACAUGUAUAAUUUUGCAUGAAUCCUUUCAUGACAAAAAUGGCAUUGGGACUUUUUUAUAUCAAAGUUUUUAAAAUUAUUGAUUUGUAGUAUACAUAUGUAGAAUUAAUGAUUGUGCUACUCUAAAAUGUAAACAAUAAGAAAUCAACCAAGUUCCAUGACUAUGCAAAUGACUGCAAAAUAAUAAUUUCAACAUGUAUUUUUCAGCAAUACACAAAAGAUCCAAGAGUUCUUCGAGCCGUUCUGUCGAUCGAUUUAUGGAGCCAUCAAUAUUUCUAUAGAUGGUUUUCUCAGUGACGUCAUCAAAUUGUAAAGUCAAAGUAACAAAGUUUUGCGAAUUCUUAUUUACACUAGGUUGAAGAUAAACAAAAAUAAAUCUUUCCACAAGUUUCCAGUCCCAUAGCAUGUUUCAUUUCGAAAAUACAGCAAUUAUUUAUUUGUACCUCCAAGUUUUCACAGUUCGAGACACCGAAAUAGGAAUGCUGUGUGAUUGAAAGAAAGUCUCUCCUCUUGAUUUUCAGCAGUUUAACCAUGUCAAGUAUUAGAAGAUGUGUUUAUGCGCACAUAUGCUAGCCCUCGACUGAAAAGAAAGAGCUUUUGCAGAAAAAGUGAACUCCAGAUGUUUUUGUUGUUUUUCGGCGCCAUAUUGCUAUACCAAAACUUUACACCAAUAUGGGGUCUCAUCUGCACUUGUUUGGAUCACCUCUUGUUUCAUGUUGUUAAGGUUUUUAACUUGUUAUGUGUUAGUAAACCAAUUUUAAUAUAAGAAAUUCAUACUUGGCUCUGAGGCUUGGGGAAUAAAACAAAUGAAAUCACAUCGAGGCUCAGGAUUUAAUUUUAUUCAUUUCUUUUGUUUUAUAUUCCCAAGCCUUGGCAACAAGUCAAGUGUGAUCUUUAAUAUAUCAUAUUCCGUCUAAUGAAAUUAUUUGUUUUGUUAUCCCUGAAAUGCCCCUAAAGGGAGAAGACCUUUUUGCCCAGGAAAUUUUUCCCAUUCACUUUCUCUCCUCCCCACUCCUUUUGCUUUUUUUCAUGAAUGUAUAAUUUAUUUGACAUGAACAUAUAAUGAAGGAAAUACAGGUGAGGAGUGGAGCAAGAUUUUUGUUGGAAUUUUGUUGUGAAAAAAAAAUUUCUCUGGCCUUCUUUAGUGCAUCAUGUUCAAUUGCUCAGUUGUUUAUGGUUGUUAAAGAUCAUAAUGUUGCAAUUGUUACAAGGGAUGUGGCUCCCUACAGCUGGUUUGUGUGGUUGACAUGUGAAAUGUUUUAAGAAUUUAUUAUUAUCUUCUUUACAGGUUUGAACAGGAAAUCGCGGAACAUCCAGUAGCAAGGCCAGUUAUAGCCACAAAUACUUUUCGCAUGGCCUCCAAAGCAAUCGAAAACACUCCCAAACCCUUACCCACUCAACAGAUUCCUAAUAAUCAUUUCACACCGAGACAUCAGACUCCACACCCACCUCCUUUACUACAACCUCCGCUCUCGAAUCAAAUGCCACCUCACAUGCAGGUUCCAGUACAACGUCACAUGCAAGUCCCACCAAAUCAAUUACCUACACCACCAAUGCCACCCGCGAUGAACCUCCCUCCUGGGGUCCAGCCCAUGGUACCUCAGAUGGUUCCUAAUCCUGGGCUUCCUGUAGGCCCUGUUAUGGCUCCACCUGGGCUACCUAUGGUUCCAAUGCCUAUGCCCGUAGGGGUACCUGUGGCAAUGCCAGGGGUACCCGUGGCAGGGCCAGUCGGUCCCACUAUGCCAAUGAUGACUGCAGAGGAGCAAAAGGAAUGGGAAUCAACAUAUUCACAGAGUGGAGCUGCUGCUGAGGGAAAAGAAAAAAAGAAAACCAAAGAGAAAAAGUUUAUAAGAGUUGCUGGAGACACAGUGUGGGAGGAUAGCUCAUUAUCAGAAUGGGAACAAGGUACAAAACUGGUUUUUGAUGGUUGAUACUGAUUUUUUAAUUGCGUUUUCCAGUUUUCUGUGUGUUUAAGUGCAUUUUUCCAGAGAACAGGACAGCAAAGUGCCAGCUGUUGUUUAUUGUGUAGGUGUGGCUGUUACGUGGGGUUCAUUUUGUGCUGACUGAUUUUGGUUUACUGUGAUACAGUAAAAUCGUGUGAGUAAGGACCUGGUUUUUAAGAACCUGUUAGGCUAAAAUUUGCCAGUUAGACCUCCUAUGUACAAGAAAAAUAAAAAGCAUGUAAUGGUAAGCAGGUUUGCAUAAAGAAUGAGCUGAAUACUCCUAAAUACGCUAAGCUACAAAUUAUUUUUCUUCAGAAAAUAAGAACCUUUUUAAGAAAUUAAAUAGCCGAAAAUUUUGCUAAUGACCAUUUGUGAGAGAACCUGUUUAGGCUAACUUGGCGAAAUGCAGGUUUUUACUGGUGGGUUUUUACUGUAAAAUUUUUCUUUUUUUCUAAGUGCAUUGUCUGGUUUUCUCUGAUGUACAGUGUGUUUAAGAGCAUUUUUCCAGUGUUAGACAGCAAAAUGCUGGCCGUUGUGUUGUAGGCAUGGCUGUCAUGUGAGGUUAAUUUUAUGCUGAAAAAUGAAAAAAUUUUGGUAUCAGGACUGCCUUACAGCCUUUCUUAGUGCUUAUUUACACCAGAAAUUUAGGGGGUGUAUUUCUGCCCCAAACUUUGAAAAUGUGAUCUCUGAUUAAAUGAUUUAUGUGGGAUGGUACACUGUAGCUGAGAGGUUACCAUAUAUGUGCUUGUGAACAGCCACUGUACAUUGUACAUAUAGCCCAAAAAUGGCCAUGCACAGUAGUGUCUUUUGUAAAAAAUUAUUUUUUAUUAGCAGAAUCAAAGUUAAAACUUGCACUCCUGAUGAUGAAAAAAUAAUAUUUCAAUUUUUUAAUAAUCCUAAAAAAUAAAUAGUAGGGUGCAAAAGUUCUGUCAAAGAGGUUUCCUUUGAAUGGUAACAUUAUAGGAUUUCCAUACGCAGACUCAAAAGUUAGAGCUACAUACGAAAUAAACAGUACCAUGUGAGAGUACUGCUGAAGAGGUUUCAUUUGAAUGGUAACACCAUAGGAUUUCAUCCACAGAAUCAAAAGUUAGAACUACAUACUAAAUAAAUAGUACCAUGUGAAAGUACUGCUGAAGAGGUUUCAUUUGAAUGGUAACACCAUAGGAUUUUGUCCUUGGGUUUAAAAGUUACUGUGACUCAUCAUCCCGCCAUUACUUGGUCUUGGAGUGAAAGAGUAAUUGAAGAUCGUUAUUCGCACUUUCCUCUUUUAUUUCAGAUGACUUCCGAGUGUUUUGUGGUGAUCUGGGUAAUGAAGUGACUGAUGAGAUUUUGACAAGGAAUUUCUCAAAGUAUCCAUCUUUCCUGAAAGCAAAAGUUGUUCGUGACAAAAAGACAAAUAAAAGCAAGGGAUAUGGUUUUCUCAGUUUUAAGGAUCCCAACGACUUUAUCAAGGCUAUGAGAGAAAUGAACGGUAAGUCACAAGAUCAAAGCGGACUAAAACUAUAAAAAACGUUUAGUUGUCUUGAAAUCACAACUAAAAUACAGUAAUUAUCGUCAUUAAUAGACCCUUCCAUGGGUUUUUUACUUUUUACUGGCACCAGUUAGCAAAAGUUGAUCAACACGAUACAACACAAUACAAUACAAAUUUUAUUAAUCCUCUCAAUUGGGUUUUUCAGAAUUCGGGACUCAUAAGGCUAAGACUUAGUAAUGUACGAAAUAACUAAAAAUUACUUGUAUACAAGACAAACUUACGUUACAACUGAAUUUGAAUGCUAGAACUACAAUUAUGAAAUGUAAAAAGCUAACAAACAAUUUGUUAAAAAAGGUAAAAAAAAUAUGGGUAAAUGUUCACGACUAGAAAGAAUGCCUCAAUAUCAGUAAAGUUGCCAAGUUUGAAAGUUAUAUUUUGAAAACUAAAUGAUGCAGCUCCGCAAAGUGGCAGAAUGUUACAGUCCUUUAUUUAGUGGGGGGCAAGUUCCUGCCCCCUGCCUUACAAACAUUUGUCGAGGAAUAUCUUCAAUUGCUUUGGAUAUAUCUCAUUUAAUUAGACUUGGUAAGUUUCCUGACUUUAAGUAGGUCUUUCCAGCAGUGUCAAAAGGUAUUUCCUAACUGGUCUUUAUCAAACCUUGAUAAAAACACGUGAAAGGGUAUAUAGGAUCUGAGGGUCUUAUUAUUUUAUGCGAUGUUAUUCCACCAAAAAUAAUAAAUACAGACAAGGGAAAAUUUCACUAGCCACCAUCCGGCAGGGUUGUCAUUAACAGCCGGGGGCCGGGGAUUUUCCCGCGCUACUUUAUUGGAAAACAGAAGAAAAGUAGAACCAAAAGAAAUCCUUAGCCGUUUGAUUCCCCGCCUACUUGUUGUAUUUACCCGGCAACUUGAAAUCUUAGUGACAACCCUGAUCCGGGGACCUGCAAGGCCUGCUACUUCUGGGAUGGUGUUGUUGUAUGCAUGAUCAUUACUCUUUGAUAUCAAAACAAAGAACAAACCAGGCAGUUACAUUAAGAUAUCCCUUUUCUAGACAAGCUAUUUGAAGGGCAUCAUAAUAAUUGACAGGGUUUGUAGCGAGUCUUGAAUUCUUGAAAAUGUCUUCAAAUUUGCCCAGCAGUUUUCCAGACUUGGAAAAAGUCUGGAAAAUAGAGGUAAAGUCUUGAAAAAUAGUGAAAAGUCUUGAUAUAUAUAUUUUUUUUUGAAAGUUUUUUUUUUGUUUUGGUCAAAUCUUAUUCAGUCUCAUCCAUACGAUGCGGGGCAUCAACAAAAAAGCUUUGUUCCUGCGAAGGUCUCUAUUGAUCACCUAUUUGAUAACCUCGAGUCUAGAAAAAGUCUUGAAUUUUGGAUCCAAAAAUUAAUCUUUACAAACCCUGAUUGAUAAAUAUACUUACAGAACUAUCUAAUUAUUUUCAAUAGUUGAACAUGUAAUAAAUGAAGUUAAUGUUAUUAAAUCACUUACAAUAAUGACCUGUUACAAUAAUUCAAUAGGUCAGUAUAUAUCAUUUCACUGUUGUUUUAGCGAAACAUUCACAAUAGUAAGAUCUGAGAUGGUAGACCCACUGUCCAUACGGUAAACACCCACGAAUAAGAGCGUAGUAGAUUAAGAACCUCUAGGCAGAAAUUUGCCCUUUUAAUACCCAAAAAUAGAAGAACUGGUUUAGCCAAGCAAGAUCAAGCGGGUUCUUAUAUGUGGGUUAAAGCUAAAUUAUGAUAAACAAUUUAACCAUGGAGUGUAACUUUGAGAUUGUAAAUUUAAGCAUAACAAUAACAUAUUGUACCAAACAGCAUAGUGAAUGACGAUGUGAUAUAUUUUUUUCUUUUUCAGGCAAAUAUAUUGGCAACCGCCCAAUCAAAUUAAGGAAAAGCACUUGGAAAGACCGAAGUAUAGACGUUGUCAAGAAGAAACAAAAAGAAAAGAAGCGCUUGGGAUACAGAUAACACAAAUUUAUUUCUUCUAACUUGAAAAUAUAUCUCGGUAUAUGUGAGAAUCUGGCUUAUUUCUAUGGCAUUUUUAAUAUUUUCACUACUGAAAGCUUACACAAAAUAAUGGUGUUGCCUUUUUUUGUUCAAACUUUUUGAGUGAUUUUACUUAACCCAUGAAAUAAUUAUGUAGUAGAAUACUAGACACUAUUAUGCGCUAAUUCCAUUGUCAUCUUCUGUUUACUACUUGUUGCUAUUUUUCUCUAGUUGUUAGUGUAUCUGUUUCACAGUUCAAGUAAAAUCACUCUAACAGAAUGGCACAGUUUUACUAACCUUGCUACAACAAAUACACAUUUGAGUUUAAAACCGAAAAAAUAUAAUAAAAUUUACCCCAAUCAAUUAAUAUGGUUCAACUUUCUUAGGCUUACGAUGGAUUUGCCAGGUUAAUUUAACCCACAUUGACAACUUGUUUUUAGUUCACAUUCCUCUGGAUCAAAUUAUUGUGUUCUUUCUUUUUGCUUAAAAAAAUUUAUUAUUAUUUAUGAUAAUUGUCUUCCAGUCACUGCAAACAAUAUAAUUAUCAGAUUGUUUGCAGUGAUUGGAAGACAAU